GCCUCUUGCUCGUGGAAGCAAGCUCGGUUAUUUAGCCAAACUUGGGGAUCAUGCAGGCAGGGGUAACUGACCCCGGCAACGCGUUCGUUUAUAAACAGCGUAGGGUUAUAAUUCACUAGGGAGAACCAAAAAAAUUCGCCGUUCUGUUUAGCUGCUCCUCGACACACCCUGUUAUCAUGGAUAAACCGGAAAUAGCCCAGUACGCCGUUGACCAUGCGCCUGAUGCAGAAUUAACAAUCGAGCGCGAUGCCAAUGACCCGGCCCUGAGUGCGAGAGAGAAAGCUUUGAUCUGGAAGCAAGAUUUGCAUAUUGUCCCUCUUUGCGCAGUGAUUUUCCUUCUCUGCUACCUGGAUCGAUCGAAUAUCGGAAAUGCCAGGAUUCUCAAUGCAGAAAGUGGCCAUGAUCUUCUCACAGAGACGGGCAUGUCUUCUUAUCAGUAUACAAUCGCGUUGAUGGUCUUCCUAAUCGCCUAUGCUCUUUUCGAAGUCCCUUCCAACUAUUUUCUCAAGAAGCUGAGGCCCAGUAGGUGGAUUGCCUUUUUGAUGCUUGCCUGGGGAGCUACCACGAUGGGAUUGGGCGCCGUCCACACCUACGCCCAGGUCACAGGGCUCCGUUUUCUUCUCGGAGUCAUGGAGGCCGGUCUAUUCCCCGGGCUAGUGUAUUUGUUGACGUUCUGGUAUCGAGCUUCCGAGCGCUCAUUGCGGGUGGCUCUGAUUUUAGCUUCGGCCACUCUCGCCGGCGCCUUUGGGGGUGCUAUCGCCUACGCAGUCGGGCACAUGGACCAAGUCCAGGGUCUCUCAGCAUGGAGAUGGUUAUUUAUUAUAGAGGGCGCGCCAUCCUGUGCCUCUGCUGUCCUAGUUUGGUUCAUUCUCCCCGACUACCCGGAAACCGCCUCGUGGCUCUCGCCACAAGAAAAAGAACUCGCAGCACAGAGACUUGAAAGGGAGGGUUCCAAGGGCUCAGAAACAGCCAUGACCUGGGAGGACGCCAAAGAGGUUCUCCUCGACUGGCGGUUAUAUGUACACUACAUGGUCUACUUCGGCAUCUCGGCACCAUUCGGUAGCCUCUCGCUCUUCACUCCGACCAUCAUCAACGGUCUAGGCUACACCAGCCUCAAAGCCCAGCUCAUGACCAUACCACCAUGGGCAGUGGCCUACGUGGUUACGAUAGCGGUAGCGUGGUCCGCAGACCACUUCAACAGCCGCGGUCUCCACUCCGCAAUCCUCUCCUUCAUCGGCGCAAUGGGCUUCCUCUCCUCAGCUGUCCUCCCUGCAGACGCAUAUCUUCAACGCUACGGCUGCCUAAUCGUCGCGACAAGCGGCGCCCUAGCCUGCAUCCCGCCCCUUCUAGGCUGGCUCUCGUCCAACAUGCGCUCCACACCCGGCACGGGACUCGCAAUCGCCCUGAACGUCUCCUUCGGCGCCCCCGGGCAGAUCGUCGGCGUGUGGAUCUACAAAUCCAACGAAGCCAAGAAGGGGUACCCAACAGGCCACUGGACGAACGCGGCGCUGCUCCUCUUUGUUUGUGUAGGAUGUCUCCUCUUGCAGGAGUACUACAGAUGGAUGAACAGGCAGAUGAAAGGGGGGGGAGCAAGGACGCGUGCGGAGAGAUUUGCCUAUUAAUUUGUUAGUUAGCUGGUUGGUUGGUUAGGUCCCAUCCUGUCUGCUCUGUAUACGUGGUAGGAUUGUGGGGGUUCAAUAAGGCGUGUAGGUGUAUCUGUAUAUGUCCAUGUGACAGACAGACAGACAGAGAGAGAGAGAGAGAGCUAGUGAAUUACUGGGAAGACCUGUCUUCCCAAAGGGGCCUAGUUUGUGGUUCAACAGAAAUAAGGUUAAGCUCAGUCCGGGCUUGGGUUAUGACAUUUUGCGCCCUGACCUUUAUAUUUUCCUUGCCUAUUCUUCCAAUAUUAAUGAGACGA